AUGUCCGUCCGACCAAGACGAGCAAUGUCACUCCCGGAUAGAGUGGUCUCCCCCGUCGUAAGUAGUCCAAAGAAUAUAACACCAAAGGAGGCCCUAUUAGAGAAAAGCGAAGCUCCCCAAAUAGCAGUACCGGAACCCAUCAAAAAGACAGACAAAGACGUUCCUAAGAUAACAGCAGUACCGGGACCUAUCAAGAAACCAGAUGAAGAGCUCUGUGAGAUAACAAAAACAAGUGUGGUUUGUGCACGUCCAAUAAUGCCGACAGGGCCUGUACCAUUAAAAGCUCCGUUCUACACUCCAUUCCAUCCUGGUAGUGUCACGUAUAGUUUUGGUCGCUCACCAAUCAAGUUCCGCUUCACCCCGGGGAAAUCUUCCAAUCUGUCCUUUGAGGAGUUUAAGAAAACACACCUCGGUCCACAAAGACCGGUAAGACGAAUCGAAUGUGUUGAUCUAGAUUCUGACCAGGAAGGAGAGGUGAUAACUAAAUCACCGAAGAGUAAACGGCAAAGGACCGGACUCUCGCAUAGUAUGUCAAUCUCUAACGAGACUAAGGGAGAAGGAUUUGGCGGGGUAGAUAAGGUGAUCUCCUCUACCACAACUUUAGAGAUCCGGCCCUCCACUACUGGUCAUAUCAACCCACAACCAGAAACUCACUCGGUCAAUAUGAUCGUAAAAUUGGCUGCAACCCCUUUGACCAAUGAGUCAACGUCAAUUUCAUCCCCUGAGAUGUACAAGAAAAUUCGGAACUGGCUUAUCCUGUACGUGAGCGAUCACACAGGCGCUUUUUCAGAGUACUAUUGGGUCGUUUGUAACCAAACCCUGAAGGAGGAAUUAGGUAUACCAGUUCAUAAAGACUUUCUGUAUAUCAUGUGGGACCAGAUCUGUAAGGCAUUGGCUGUCACCGAGGCAAGAAAAAUCAGAGAGGGCCUAAGCACUAGCACCGCAAAGGUAAUAUCCCCAUAUCGUGCUACCCUAUCACCGAAACGUGGGUCUCAUCUUAUCAAGCAGAUUGAGAGUUCUUCCAUUAUCCAGCACUCGGAAGUUAAUGCUCAGCAAUUGAAACGAAAGGCCAGCCGGGAACUUGACCUAAGUGAUGAGAGCAGAAAGCUUAAGUCUACUAAGCUCUCUCCUAAUCAUGAAGAGUCAGUCAACGUUAAAUCGGAGAAGACUAUUCGAGAGAAACUAUUUUUAAAUCUACUUUCCUCGUCUGGCGUAUCCCCUGCAUCUCGACCUCCGAUUCAGGACCGUGCACCGUGUCCGCCACCGAAAGCAAUACAUAACAAGCUAUUGACCUUCUUCUCUCAGUUCGACUACCCAUCUUCGAUCGUCACCACUGGGACUGAGCUUACUAUAGACCAGGCCUACUGGCUUGUUUCUUACGAGUUGAGAAACGCGCCACUCCAGACAGAACGGAAGCCGAAUGGGUACUGGAAUACUGUAACAAACUUAUUCAACAGUCGUUUUGGUGUAAACAGAGAGAAAAAGUCUAUCACAGAGACGACAGCGCGUCUCAUGAGACAUUUUGGAGAGGAGUCCAGGUAG